AUGGCUAAACACAUGAUUUGGUUCGCAUUAUCAUUGAUGAUUUCAGUAUCAACAGUUCUGUUAUCAAAACAAGGCGUCAAUGCACAAACAAACUGUCAAGAUGUAAUCACAAAGUUGAUCACUUGUGAGUCGUUCAUUUUUGGAUACUCUGAUGAGCCUAGCCCACAAUGUUGUUCUAGUGCACAAGAUUUGGUUCGAGCUGCAAAUGCUUCAAGAGAUGUUCUUAGGGUUACUUGUCGGUGCCUUAAGACUGCGGUCCAAUCGUUCCCAGUUGACUUUUCUAAUGCAGCCCGGAUCACCUCCUUGUGCCACCUCAACCUCAGUAUCCCAAUCGAUCCUUCUGUCAACUGCGAUUCGUUAUGA